UGUCAAGGUUUUUCGUAUUGGUUUCUUCUCUUCUAUUGCUUUCCUUAUUACUUCAUUGUAGACCUAAAAUCAAUCCUAGUUUUCUUGUCUUGCAAUCAUUUCCUUCGUCUUGCUUCUUACCUACAAAUCACAAGCUUUAAGCCUCAAUUUUGGACAAGCUCCCCUAUUCAAGCUUAAGUAAAUGCAGAACCUGGUCAUGGCAAAGAAACAUGUCCUCGUUUCUGUAUUCAUCUUCCUUAUUGUUACAACCUGCCCCGGCCAGAGUCGAAUUAUACGAAACGACACUUUCUCCUCUUUGGUUUCUGAUGGAGCCAACAAUCUUGAGAAACAAACAUUUAUUGGUUACAAGUACUUGAUUUCAAUGGAUUCCUGCAGCCAGACAUAUGGGUUCUUGCCAUGCACUUCAACUGUCCUGGGAAACAUAUUCCUUAUUGUUGUGUAUGGUUACUUGAUGUUCUUAGGUGCCAAGUUGUUGUCUAAUGGAAGUGAGAUUUUGCUGCAAAUUCUUGGUCCUGGUAUCAUUGGUGGUCUCGUCUUACCGGUUUUGAGCUCGGUUCCUGAUGCAACAAUCAUCCUUGCAUCUGGUUUAUCUGGAAUCAAAGAAGAUGCUCAAAAUCAGGUAUCAGUAGGAAUAGGUCUGCUUGCUGGAUCAACCGUUAUGCUUCUAACAGUACUAUGGGGAUCCUGCCUUAUAGUUGGCAAGUGUGACCUCGACGGUUCUGUCGCCAUGGAUUUACAGGAUACCAGACCGUUUAGCUUAACAGGCUCUGGGGUAAGUACAGAUAUUUGGACUAGCUAUGCUGCAAGAAUCAUGGUUAUUUCAAUUAUUCCUUUCCUUUUAGUCCAACUUUCUCAAUUUCUUGGCACGAAAUCUCAACGCCGCAUAGGAAUUAUGAUCUCUCUGAUUGUGUCCAUCACUUUAGUGCUUGCUUAUAGCCUUUAUCAGGUGCUUCAGCCAUGGAUUCAGAAGAGAAAAAUCGCGUACGCAAAGCAUAAGCAAGUAGUCUCUGGAGUUCUAAAAGAGUUAAAAAUGCAUUCAUUGGGAAAAAUUCUUAUGGACAAUGGAGAACCUGAUGUAGAUGUCAUAAAAAAGUUGUUUAGGGCACUUGAUCGAAAUUCCGACGGAAAUCUUUCAACAGCAGAGUUGAGAGCUUUGAUUGUAGGAAUCCAGUUUGAUGAAACAGUUAUGGAUAUUGAUAAUACUGUUGAGGAAUUAUUGAAGGAAUUCGACAAGUCGCGCAAUUCUCUUGUCGAUGAGGAUGAAUUUGUCUAUGGAAUCUCAGGAUGGCUGAACGAGGCAAAGCGUUCUACGCUACACGGUCACGACAGCAAUCACAGGACUGUAAGAAUUUUGAGCAAAUGGUUUCUUCCACAAACAAAGAAGCAACAAGGUCUAUUAGGUGACCGGAGCGAUGAAGAUGUGGGAACGUUCGGGGAUCGAAAAACGAAUAUUACCAAAGCAGUACUGAUGUUGCUUUUGGGAACUACUGUUGCUGCUGUUUUUGCUGAUCCCCUUGUAGAUGCUGUCGACAACUUCUCAACUGCUUCAAGCAUUCCUUCCUUCUUCGUCUCGUUCGUCAUUUUGCCUUUCGCUAGCUCCAGCGAGGUCGUUUCGACCAUGAUUUUCGCCAGCAGGAAGAAAUUGAGAACUGCAUCAUUAACGUACUCUGAGAUAUACGGAUCGGUGACAAUGAGCAACAUAUUGUCAUUGUCAGUGUUCUUGGGUCUCGUUUAUUUCCGCGAAUUGGAUUGGAACUUCUCAUCUGAAGUGGUGACAAUCCUAAUUGUCUGCAUUGUGAUGGGCAUGAUCGCCAGUUUCCGCACCACAUUCCCUCUUUGGAUGUGCUUUCUGGCAUUUCCAAUCUAUCCAUUUUCUCUCUUGCUGGUUUAUGUUCUUAACAAUGUUCUUGGAUUGCCCUAGUCCGUAAGCCGCCUUCUUGUAUCGUAAACAAUGUUUGAAUAGCAUCAUCACCAGUUGAGGCUUAUUGGAGUUACUUGAUUCGUUUUGUUCUA